ACAAGACAUCAAAUUCCCCAACUGCAACCCUUUGCUCGACUCAAAACCCUCACCUCAAUAAGGCCUCUCGACCUAGCGCGGCCGCCGCAACAAUGGCGUCCCUCUUCAAGGACCCGAGCAAGCUGUCGGUGUACCGGGACCGGCGGUUCCUCGGGACGCAGGAGGAUUUCGAGGCGGCGCUGCUCGCGUCGCUGACGGUGUAUGUGGGGAACAUGUCCUUCUACAGCACGGAGGAGCAGGCCUACGAGCUAUUCUCCCGCGCCGGCGAGAUCAAGAAGAUCAUCAUGGGCCUCGACAAGAACACCAAGACCCCCUGCGGCUUCUGCUUCGUACUGUACUACUCCAGGGAAGAUGCUGAAGAUGCAGUCAAAUAUAUUAGUGGCACAAUGCUUGAUGAUCGCCCAAUUCGUGUUGAUUUUGAUUGGGGCUUUCAAGAAGGCAGACAAUGGGGCCGUGGAAGGAGUGGUGGACAAGUUAGAGAUGAGUACCGCACAGAUUACGAUCCUGGAAGGGGUGGCUAUGGCAAGAUGGUUCAGAAAGAGCUAGAAGCACAAAGAGAGUUGGUUGACUAUGGUGUAGGUUUUCAAACAAAUGCUCCACCUCAGUUCGACAGAGCUGACAGGAAGAGAGGAUACAACGACCGGAAUGACAGAGAUUACCAACGAAGACGCUCUGGGCCAGAUACCUCCAGGAGAGCACCUGACUCGGACUCUAGGAGAGAUGCAAAUCAAGAGCCUGAGAAGAAUCCCAGAUUUCGCGAGAAAGGUGAUUCUGACGAGGAAGAAGAUGAUUACGAUAAGAAACGCCGUCGCUGAACCCGAGAAGCAAAUUGUUGCCAUAUGCCAAUGCCCAAAUGACUUCAGUUGUAGGAUUAUCCACUUUAUCCUGUUGUAUGCCGUAUAACUUAAGUUUCCCUUGGGAGAUAUUUGUGUUUCUUCUGCAUUUUAGAGUCUGUUCAUCAGCGUAUGCAUAGCCUUCACAUGUGACUGAUAUGAUAUUCAGCACCCAUUGAAACGUGUGCAUGUGUAUGCUACUGAUUAAGACUGUUUUUACAUGAUUAACAUAACCUGAUAUUUGGCUACUA